AUGUUUCUCAGUGCUGCUCACGGAAUCAAGUACUUCAAACUCGGAAAGAUGACAAAUUCUGAUGCGUGUGCUGCUCUUCUGCUUGGCUUUACUCGUUGCAGUGUUCGCGUUCUCUCAGGAUACGCAAACCAGGUUCCGAAAAAGCCAUUCGCAAGACGCGAACAUCCAGCCGUUCAUUCGAUUCCGCAAAGCUUCAUACAACACAUGGACUGA